AUGCUAUUCUCCGCCUCCAGCCGUAAAGGCAGUUUCCUCUUCUUCCUCUUCUCUAUCCUGAGCACCUUGCUCCUCCUUUCCUCACAGGCACCCACUGCCUUGGCUGCCCCUGUCAACGACUUCGGAACGCUUGUUGUCCGCGAUAAAAACAUCCCCGACAAGGCAGAGGUUGAGAAACUCAUCAAGCCUGAAAACCUGCACGAUUUCAGCAAGUACGCCAAAAAGGGACAGCCCGCCAAGGAUAAAGCCAUCUACUUCACAGGCCAGGACCAAAAGACAAUCAACGACAUUGUGAGGUGGGCCAACAGUCAGCAGCUCACCUCCGUCCGCGACCUCUGGAAGAACGUCAACUUCUACCAGAAGGGCCAGUACAAAGGCGUCGACAAAGAUACUUUCACGAACUUCCAGAAAGCGUUCUCAAAGUACUAUGCGCAGCUAACUGAGGGUAAGGCUUAUCUCAUCUUCCCGCAAGACAAAAAGCCCUCGAAAACCGGCAUCUUCUAUAGCGUCGAGCUUGAGGAGAUCAUCAAGCAUGGCAAGGUCGAGGAAAUUAUUUGGAUCGACCAGAACAAAAUUCACGACAAGGGCUACAAGUGGAAGGACGAGAAAAAGACCUACUGGAAGAAGAGUGAGAAGAAGCCUGAUGGAGCUUAG